AUGGAGACCUCAACCCGCAAUUCUGACAAGUCAUCUUCAGCAGAGGAUUCAACAAAUCAGGCCACGGAUCUUCCUGAACGCCUCGAUAUUGAAAUCUUCAAUCACCUGGGUCGACUGGAGGAAUCCAACGACUUCCCCCUCUGGCUGCGCAAUACCACACGCCUGUUGAAUUCCGCGGGCUUGGACAAACUCAUCAAUAUCCACAUCCCGAGACCUGAGGCGGACAACGAGAAAUAUAAAAGAUGGUUGAAUUACUCGAAACUGCUCCAGCACUAUCUCUCGGAAAGCAUUUCAGAUGAACUCUUGAGUGAUAUUGUGUCGCCAGGAAAGCCCCUCAAGCUGGCUGAUGAGUUCAUGAACGAAGCUAAAAAGGCACUGGAAGCUGAAGGAAUCUACGCAGACCUUGAGGGUGUUUCCACUCUGUCCUCCAUUCGAAUUGCUGGACAUGAUACAACCGAGGACUUUGUCUGGGAUUUCAAGAAGAACUUCCAACAUCUGUGGGACCUGAAAGUUCAUGUCAACCCUUAUUUCGCAUUGUGCUUGCUGCUCAAUAAACUUGACCGCACAGAAACCCGUUUCAUUUUCGCAUCGACCAUUGCGGACUUGGAUAAACGAGCGGCGAAGAUAGACCUGUGGAAUGAAUUUACAGAUAAGGACUUUCACGUGGUUUGCACCAAUAUCGCCCACCGUCUUGAGGUGGAUACGCAAAAGCCGAAUAAAAGACACCCUUUGACUCCCCUUCCCAUAAAUCGCUCUACGACAUUCCUUGAGAAGACUGUGACGAAGGAAAUGGAUAUUCCCGCUGCCGAGAUUCAAAUCAAGGACCCAGAUCCCAAGGCCAGCGAGACUCCAGUGAAGACGUCGGACUCGGCCACCUAUGAGACGAUGGCCAAUAUUGAAGAAAUGUAUUCCAAUGAGAUGGAUAUAGACCAUCCAACUGCUCAAGAAGUAAAUUUUGGCACCCCAGAUCGAAAGUGGUUCCCUGCCCCAGGAACAAACAAGCACGUUCAUGCACAGCGCCUUCGCGAGAGACUGGGAUCGGUGGAGUUGCCAAGCAAAGUGUGCGCAUAUUGCAAUCAAAGGUUCCACACCGCUGCGAGGUGUUUUUACCUCAAUCCCGCCACGCGUCCACUCCAUUGGAAGCCAGACCCUAGCCUCUGGUGUUACAUGCAUGGAUCUUCCGGAACAUGGUCAGUUGGUCGUACCCCGAUGAGAGAGAACGGAAAAUACACACCGAAAGCCAAGCGAACACACGCCAUUCCAGUCAUAAGCCCAAGUGAAAGCCCAAGUGAAAGCCCAACUGAGACCAAGAAAAAAGAAGCCGAGCCAGUGAAAGAUGUGCAGAAGAAGCCGAAAGCACCCGUGCUUAUGGGAUCCCCAUUUGACACGGUCAACAAAUUCACGGCCUCCAAUAGAGACUGGAUAAUUCUGAGAGGACCGGGGAAACACAUCUGCGCAAACAAGGCUGUCAUGACUGAGUACCAAGACUAUGGUCCUGAAGACACCCCGCACGAAUGGAUGGGAAAUCCUGCAGGCAAUAAAGAUCUGGCUCGCGCCUCCGGGAGAGGCAAAGCGAAAAUCAGCCUGUUGGGUGAUGACCGGAAUCUCAUCCACAAUAUCUUCAUUGAUUGCCACUACAAUAUCAACUCCCGGUUUAACGUGUUCUUUAUUGAGGAAGCGGAAAAGGAACUUAUGAUCAAGUAUGUUGAAGCCACCGGAGCUUUGCAUGAUGAAGAGGAUGGAAUGAAGAUUAUGGGCUACGUGGUUUACGAAAACGGUGUCCCAUUCCUGCGAACCCUGGAUUCUACUAUCGAAAUCAACUUGAUGGACCUGCUGGAAUGA